AUGACCCAUCGGACGGACGAUUCGUUUGAGCUCUAUGACCUUCGUGUUGAGGUCAUCUGUCCUCCCGGAGAACGUAUACUAUGCGGUGCUAAAGAAGGCGAUCAUUUCAUCUUAGAAGGAGAGAUGCUGCGCUUGCCGCCAGAACAAGGGUUCUCCAUUUAUUCGUUAGCUGCCGUCAUGCCAUUACUCGCGGCCAAACAGCGAGUCACCUCGCCGAACGACUGGAUGACAACUGAUACAGACGUUGCAUGUCCAGACCCUAAUUGCAAGACAAGGUUGAGGAUAACUAGAAUCGGAUUGAGAAGGUUUAGACAUGGGGAAACGACUGUGGUACCCCUUCCUAAUACGGAGCCUGAGUCAGAUUAG